AAGAUGACUCUCAAGGAAGAACAGAACUAAGCGGUUGAGGGAUGUUGGCAUGAUUAUUCAGUAACGGUUCGGAUCUUACAGUUGUCGGUUGGUCUUCAAUUGGAGCUAUUUGUGUCGCAAGUCUCAACAUAGUUAGUGUUAUCAAUGUUCCAAGUUAUAAGUGCAGAGUUGAUUGCAUUUUCAAGCUAAGAACAUUAAUUAGUUCACUCAAAUCCUGAGUAAUAAAUUACAUUUUAAAGGAGAAAAUUACAUUUUACGACAAGUACAAUUAAAAAUUAAUUAGUGUCAGUGAAAAAGCACAACAAUCGAAAUGAAUAGUCAAGAGUUUCGUCGUCGUGGAAAUGAGAUGGUCGAGUACAUUUGCCAAUAUCUGGAAACGUUAGAGGAUCGAAAAGUUACGCCCAGUGUCGAACCUGGAUAUUUGCGACACCUUUUACCGGAUGAAGCACCGUACCAUGGGGAAAAUUGGGAUAAAAUUAUGGAGGACGUAGAAUCGAAAAUUAUGCCAGGUGUCACUCACUGGCAACAUCCUCGAUUUCAUGCAUACUUUCCAUCGGGAAAUUCGUUUCCAUCAAUUCUUGGAGAUAUGUUAAGUGAUGGCAUUGGGUGUAUUGGUUUUUCAUGGGCUGCUAGUCCUGCGUGCACGGAACUUGAAACCAUCGUUCUCGAUUGGUUAGGCCGAGCAAUAGGUCUGCCAGAUGACUUUUUAGCAUUAAAAGCUGGUAGUAAGGGUGGAGGUGUUAUACAGACAUCAGCAUCUGAAUGUGUGCUAGUCACUAUGCUUGCAGCUCGAGCUCAAGCAAUCAAGCAUCUGAAACAACAACAUCCAUUUGUUGAAGAGGGUCAUUUACUAUCCAAGUUAAUGGCUUAUUGUUCGAAAGAAGCUCACAGUUGCGUUGAAAAGGCGGCUAUGAUUUGUUUUGUUAAACUUCGAAUUCUUGAACCGGAUUCUAAGUGCAGCUUACGUGGAGAGACAUUAACGAAAGCUAUGGAGGAAGACGAGCUCCAAGGACUGGUGCCGUUCUUUGUAUCUACCACUUUAGGAACGACCGGUUCAUGUUCGUUUGAUGCACUACAAGAAAUCGGCAUCGCUUUACAGCGUUUUCCUGGUGUAUGGUUGCAUGUUGAUGCUGCUUAUGCAGGCAAUGCAUUCAUUUGUCCUGAGCUUAAAUAUCUCUUGAAGGGAAUUGAAUACGCUGAUUCAUUCAAUACAAAUCCGAAUAAAUGGUUGCUCACAAAUUUCGAUUGCUCUACAUUAUGGGUCAGAGAUCGAAUACGUUUAACAUCCGCAUUAGUGGUCGAUCCAUUAUACCUCAAACAUGGUUAUUCGGAUGCUGCGAUUGAUUAUCGGCACUGGGGCGUUCCACUCAGUCGGAGAUUUCGAUCACUCAAACUUUGGUUUGUUUUACGCAGCUACGGUAUUUCCGGUCUUCAGAACUAUAUCAGACACCAUAUUGAGCUGGCCAAACGAUUUGAACAGCUCGUCAACAAGGAUAAACGUUUUGAAAUUUGCAACGAAGUGAAGUUGGGACUGGUCUGCUUUCGAUUAAAAGGUUCGGAUAAGUUGAAUGAGAAAUUUCUUAGUGGCAUCAAUGCUUCAGCUAAAAUACAUAUGGUGCCAGCUUCAGUUAAUGAUCAGUACGUUAUUCGUUUCUGUGCGGUUGCUCAGAAUGCAACUGAAGAUGAUAUUGAUUAUGCUUGGGAUGUCAUUACCGACUUUGCAUCAGAGCUGCUUGAGAAGCAGGAACAGGCUGACGAAAUUACCGAAAUUUUGGAUCGAAAACGCAAAGAAACUUUGGCACAGAAGCGAUCCUUCUUCGUUCGUAUGGUCAGCGAUCCGAAAAUCUACAAUCCGGCUAUAAACAAGGGUACACCACGGGUAUCUGCCGACAAUUUUUCGCCGGUCAAUGAUGGAACACCAACUAUACAGACACCAACUGCCGGCCAAUCAACAUGGAUAAGCUGGCCGUUGGCAUUUCUAUUUGCUAAUUCGGAUGAUGGGCCUAAGAGUAAUGUACCAAUAAGAUUCCGUCAUCUGGACACAACCGUACGUUUAUCGGCAUCACGCCGGAAUUCGGCAACUGGUGGCUCAUCACCAUCGCCGGAAAAUGAGAAUGGAUUUCCAAUGAAUCGUUCGCCGAAACGUUCACCCGUCCUGGGAAGAAAGAGAGGCACAUCACCGAAUCCCAUUGCUACGAACAACGGAACCAGUAAAUAAUUUCGGCCAGUAAAAUGGGAAACGUUAUUGAAGAACAAAAAUUUAUGGAACCAAUUCAUAUUUACGCCAUUCUGGACAUAAUUUUGCGUAUUGUAUUCAUCAUAUCCUUGUCAAUAAAAUAUAAUCGUUGAUGUUUCCAUAGCCGUUAGACAAAAUAUUGUGAGCAAUGCAUUUUAGCACUUCAUUUUCUUUAGAAAGUCAUAUGGUAUUAAAUGAGUAUA